UUUCAGUUAAUUUCGGGACAUCGUGCGGAUCGAACGUCUGGCGCUGCGUUCACGCGACUUGUACGCUGCAGGGAACCAGUAACCAGUGACAGUGAGCACUAACCAGUAACCAGUAAACAGUGACAGUGACCGGUGAACAGUGACUAGUGAGAUUCGAACAGUGAACGAGUAACAGGCCGAGAACCGAGAAUUGUUGCACAUACGGGGAAUCGGAAUCGCAUGGAUAUUGAAUGAGGUAAGCCAAGUGAUGAAAUCGCACAGAUCGCGAGUGGAGAGGCAGAACGCUUUCUGGUAUAUGUGAAGAAGAUGCGAAGGCUCGACUCCUGACAGAGUCCAGAGUCCCAGAUCCGAGUCCUUCAGCAGGACAAAGGCCACUUGAUGAGGGGCCGAGCACUCUGAUCUGAUUUGCAGGAUUGAACAAGGCGAGCGAUAACCAUAACUGGAAUAGCAGCAGAAGUAAUUUGAAUUUGCGAGAGCGAAUGCGAAUGCACCGGAGGGAGCGAGAGCGCUGCAAAUUGUGUACAUAUUUUGUCUCUGUCCGUUCCCGGUCGCCUGCGAAAGUGUUCGUGUGUGUGUGAGUGUUCCGUGUAAAUAAAUGCAAAAGUGCAAUGCAAAAACAGAAACAGAAACAGCAACAAUUGCAACGGCAGCGGCAACAUCAGAAGGAACAGGAAUAACAAGCGAAAUGGCAAAAAGUGCAGUUAAGCGUGGAAAUUGCAUUAAAAAUUGAGCAAAAAAUUGGGAAAACAAAAAGCGGCGAAAAGACAAAAAACGGAACAAACAAAGACGUAAAACGUAAAACGAAGCGCUGGAGUUAACGAGCGCUAAAAAGCAAAAAAAAAAAAAAAGAAGAACCCAGCAAAAGCCGCUACACAGACAGUCGCGAAAAAAAAAUUCGGGAAAAAAGAGUGGAGUUUUGAUUGAAAUUUUCACUGUGCUUUCAUCCUUUCUGGAUUGUGUAAAUUUCUGAUUAAGCAACAAGAAACCAACAAAUCAACAAACGCGUGGCGCGAAACGUAAAACAAUAGUCUCCCCGAAAGGAUUCCGGCCAAACAACCGAAUUCGAUCUACCGAAACUUAGAAACAAAUAUCAAAUAUCAAAAAUCGAAGAACUUUCGUUAUCGUUAUCGAGGCAACAAAGCACUCUGCAGUUCGUGUUUCGGUUUUGUCAUGACAGUUCGGGCCAACGUUUUGCUAUAUUUUUUAUUGUUUAUGCACAGCCAGAUCGCCGUUGCGGUUGCGGUUCCCCCAGCCAUAAACACAACUGACUGAUACACAAAAUUGAGCCGUGAACACUGAAAUUCGAGUGCGACACAAGCUUGAAAGCGAGCGAGUGAGUCGUGCAGGAAAAGUCAAAGUCAAAGCCAGCCCCACCUAACGUCCACACAAAACAGCCCGAGAACUCGGGUCGUUGACAAAGUAACGCAUUUAGUGAUAAGAGCCAAACGACUUUGGCAAAAUGAGCAGCCAGCAGAGGAGCAGAAGGAGCAGCAGCAGCAGCUGGAGGAGCAGCAGCAGGAGGAGCACAAGGACUCGCAGCACGGAGAUGGCCCAACUAUUGCUCCUUAUCGGCAUCGCAGUCGCAUCAUGUUUGCCGGGAAUCGAGGGCUUCCAGCGAUUCUCCGAGCAGCCGAAGUACACGGAGGUGAAUCCCGCCGAGGACACGCUGCUCACAUGCAAAGUUAUCGACAAGCGCGGCACGUGUUCCUGGCAAAAGGAUAACAAGCCCGUUGGCAUCUAUACCAAGAAAUACGAAUGGGCCUCACGUCUGCCGACGAGCGACAACGGGAAUGUCCUGCAUCUGGACCUCCAUCCUCCGCCGGUGCAGCUCGGCGGCGACUGCUCCCUGUGGAUCCGCUCGGCCACGCUGGACUUCGACGACGGACUGUGGGAGUGCCAAGUGACGGCCAGUGAUUUCACCACCCAGGACGCCCUCACCAGCCAGCCGGUGCGCCUCGUCGUACGUGUGGCGCCGCAGCGGCCGAGGCUCGAGUACGAGGCGGUACACGUGCCGCCAGGACACAACAUCACCGCAGACGCCGGCGCUCUGGCGACGGUCAAGUGCGUCUCGCAUUACGGCAAUCCGCCGGCCACUCUCAAAUGGUUUUUGGGCGACCAGGAGAUCUCGCCCAUCCACCCGCAGACGAACGCCACCGAGCCGGAUAAUCCGCGCACCUGGUCGGCCACCUCGGUGGUGCAGGUGUCGGCGAUGCGGGAGCGCCACGGCGAUAUCCUGCGGUGCGCCGCCUUCCACGAGUCCUACACGGCCAAAUCGGUGGUGGUGGAGGCGCGCUUGGACGUGAAAUACGCGCCGAGCAUCCGUCUAAUUGGCUCGCCGGAAAUCGACUUGGAGGAGGACAAGGAUGCGCUGGUCCUGCGCUGCGUGGCCGAUGCCAAUCCGCCGGCCAGCAUCGUUUGGCGGCGGGCAGGUCGCUCCGAGAUAGCCAGCUUGCAGGAAACCCUGCAACUGCGUCCCGUCGGGCGGCGCGAUGCCGGACUGUACACCUGCCAGGCGCAGAACUCCGUGGGCACCUCGGAGCAGCUGUCGGUGCAGUUGGACGUCAAGUAUCCGCCCAAAAUUAUUUCAGCUGGCCCGGACCGCCUCACCACCGCCCCGCUCUUCAGUCCCGCCGCCUUCGAGUGCCUGGCCGACGGUAAUCCCCUGCCGUCCUUCAAAUGGGUGCAGAGGAUGUCCCAUGGAUCCAAGUACGUGGAGCGGGGCUCCGAGUCCAGAUUGGUAAUCGACAACGUAACCUACGAGUACCAGGGAGAGUACGAGUGCCGGGCAACCAGCUACAUUAAUGGUCAGGAGCGGGUGGCCAUAUCCGAUCCGGUGUCCCUCCAAGUUGUGGGUGCCCCGCAGGUCCUGCGGCUCCAUCCGUCCCUGCACACCGUCUCCGUGAAGCGAGGAGAGGCGGCCAGCCUGACAAUGGUCGUCUGCGCGGAUCCGCGGCCACAGCGCGUCGCCUGGGAAUGGGGAUCCCUGCGUCUGGAGGCCGGCUCGGGCAUCGAUCGCUUCCGGGCCGACGACAUGCAGCCGGACACGAGGGAGGACUGCUACCUGUCCACCCUGCACAUCCUUCACACGGACGAGCACGACUCGAGGCCCUACUACUUGGUGGUGGAGAACGAGCGGGGCACCGAUCGUCACGCCAUUCACCUGAUUGUGGAGGGUACGUUUGCAGAACCCUACGAGAUGAGCUAUUUGAUGGGCGUGGCCGGGGGCUGCAUGGCAGCCAUCCUUCUGCUGGUUUGCCUGUGUAUCUAUGCGAUCAAGAGCAAGAGAUGCUGCUUCAAGGGUUCCACGGGCUAUAAAUCAUCGGAUAAAGACAGCGAAAAAGCUGAUUUGAAAUCACGCUCGGAUAGCACGAGUGGCCCUCAAGGUGAUUCGAUUUACACCACGCCCGCGGGCUUCCAUCAUCACCAGCAGCAGCAGCAGCAACAGCAGCAGCAGCAGCAGCAACAACAGCAGCAGCAGCAACACGCAGCAGCGGCAGCAGCAGCGGCUUUACAUGCCGCAUCACAGCAUCCGCAACAACAGUACCCGGGACACGGAUCGCCGGAGGCAAUGAAGUCGAGUUCCCAGGCGAGGAGCAGCGGCCACGACGAGCUGGGCAACCUCCUGUGGCAGCAGGACUCGUGCGAGUUCCUCGAGCAGUUUCCCACCGCCGGCGGCUGUCCCGUACCGCCCCUGCGUCACUGCCACGCCCCCGGCCACGGGCACGCCACGAAGACGCUGACGCGCCACAACGCCGACCUGUUCAGCGGGGACCUGGGCAUUCCCGAGAUCAACACCCACGUGGGCAGCGUGGUGCACACGUUCGAGACCCUGGCGCUGCAACGCCGCCUGGCGGAGGAGGAGGACCGCCACCCGGACCGGGAGCUGAGUAAGUAUGACAGUGGCAAUGUGGCUGGCACCACCCAGAGCAAGUACAGCCAGCUGAAGCGCCGCUCACAGGAGAUGCGCCAGCGGCUGGUGCAGCAAUUGCACCGCCAGCGCUUGCAGCAGCAGCACCACCAGCUGCAGCAGCAGCAACACCAGCAGCACCACCAGCAACACCAGCAAAGAGCACGCUCACGAACACAGUCGCAGCCGCAAAAGCAGCAAUCCUUGCACGAGGGGGUCCUGACCAACAGCUGCAGCACCCAGACGCUGGCCUCCAGCUUCUGGCAGCAACCAACUCUGCCGCGAUCGCAGGAUCGCUCGCGGGAGGAGCUGCAGCAGUCCACCUUCGAUGACUAUCGCAAGAACCUGUUCGGCACGCUGCGCAAGCACGCCAGCCUGGAGGACAACGAGGAGCUGCAGGACGAGUCCUUCAUUGUGAACGCGGCCUUCGACGAGAUCUUCUCCUGCUACGACGACGAGAACGAGGACGACAAGGGAACGCAGACGCAGACGCAAACGCAGACGCAGACGCCAUCCAACACCGACGAUCUCUUCGAGGACGAGCACAUGCUGGUGAGCCUCAGUGAGCUGGACGACGAGGUGUUCGCCAGUCGGGCCCAGACGGCCUCGACCACGCCCACCGCCAGUGCAGGGGCGUUGGCGGUUCGAACGCCCAAGCACAGCACUCCGCAGCUGAACCUCAACAAGUACCCCGCCCCCUCGCCGCCCCGCUCGCGCACCCUCACCAAUCUGUUCGAGCGCCUGAAGCCGCAGGAGCACAAGAAGCUGCAGAAGUACUCCGGCGAGGCGGCGCUAAAUGCAACGGAGGACUUCAACCGGGGCUCCACCGUCAGCAAGUCCUUUGUGCAGCAGCUACGCAAACCCUCCCACAAGCAGAAGCGGGCACCCAGGCCGCCGCCCAAGCCGCAGUCCCGCUCCCAGGUGGCCAUCGCCCACGUGACGCCCCUCCGCAAGGCCCUGAUCUUCCCCAAGCGGUCCAAGUCCUCCAGCGAACUCCUGCUCGACGAUCUGGGCGUGCAGGCGCGUAAGUAUCAGCGCAGGAUCGAGCAGGGAUCGGCGCUGUAGACAGGACCAGUGGGCACCCCGUUAUGCACCCGUUUCUCACCCGUUGACCAGUUGCUCAGCCCCACCUAGAUAUUAAAACGAUUCCAUUUCGCAUUUCGUAUUUCCGUUUACCCAGAGGCGACGCUUUUGUAGACUAAGUGACCCCCACCAAGCCAAUCCCAAAUACAAAACGACCCGACCCCUUACCUUCGACUCCGAUCAAGACCCAAAUCCGAAUCCGAUGUAGAUGUGGAAGGAGUGCAGCUAUCCCGCCGCCAUAAUGGAAGACAAAGAUACGACCCGAAGCAAAUCCAAAGAGAAUUGAGCCAUACGUGGAGUAGCACCCGAACUAAAGAACUAAAAUAAUUUCGUAACUUACCCGUAACUUACAAUUAAAUUAAGCCAACGUACGUUACUCGAAAUGCAUGAAAAUCAAAUCAACGGAUGACUAACCGUAUUUAUAUAUACAAGCAUAUAUAAAUAUAUACAUAUACAUUACUGUACAAAUAGGAUCGCAGAUGCCCCGAGAUCGGGUAUAGAUAUGGAAAUAUGAAAAACUGAAAAUCAAACGACAAACAGUGCUCUCAACCUAGUAAAUAACGAGUACAAUUUGUCUCUUCAAUUAUUAUUUAACUUCAUCAAGGAAUAUACCAUAGUCCCGAUAUACAUCUAUACAUUAUUCGGAUAUAUAUAGCAUAUAACUGCGUCACUUGUUGUAACUUGUAGGAUAAUUGCAAAAUCAAAGCAAAUGUAAACCAAUUACAAAAAGGAACAUUACUAACUCUUACCUGCAUGCAAUAAAAUAUUUGAAAAAGUAAAA